AAAGGUACCUUUAGUUGCUCAAUUCCUUGCGAACUUUUGCUUUGCGUUGCUUAAGCAACUUGCAUUGAGGGACACUUUUGAUCGAGAUUCUGGUUGAGAGAUUUCUGUUCAAAUAUGAGGACCGGUUUGAAAGACAAUGUUGCCUACAGUUUCUUUGAUCCAGAGAUUGGUGUGCUCAAGGAUAUGAUAGCAUUGAUUACUCCUGACCAUGUGGGAAUGUUUAGAGAGUCAUACGGCGGUAUUCUGAAGAUGGUUUUCAGACUCACUGACUGCGACAGGAGCGCCAUCCACACUCUUCUUCAGUUCUAUGACCCUGGGUUGAGGUGUUUCGUUUUUCCAGACUAUCUGUUGGGACCUCUGAUGGAGGAUUAUGUCAGCAUCCUGGGUAUUCAGAUCCGUGAUCAGAUUCCUUUCCAUGUCACUAGGGCGGAGCCGGAUGUCCUUGGGAUUUCACGUGCUCUUUAUUUGAGUCCGGAAAUGGUCAAGGAAGGUUGGAAGGAGAAGGGAAAGUUACCUGGAUUUCAUUUGAGUUUCUUGGAGGCUAAUGCCAAGGAACAUGCUGCUGCGGGUAACUGGAAGACGGUUUGUGCUCUGAUUGCUGUGAGCAUUUAUGGGAUUGUUCUGUUUCCUAACCAGAAGAAUUUUGUGGACCAUAAUGCUAUCAGAUUGUUUAUGCAGAGAAACCCUAUUCCUACCCUGAUUGGAGAUGUCUACUACUCAGUGCAUAACAGGAAUGAGAAGAGGCGAGGUGGUCUGGUUAGAUGCUGCUCUCAGUUGCUCUUUAGAUGGUUCAUGGGGUAUUUGCCUUCCCGAGGUGCGUUUGUUCAGAUUGACCCUAGUGUCAAGUGGUCCUUCCGAUUGAUGGGUCUGCGGGCUGAUGACAUUGCUUGGACUCAUAAUGGUUUAGCUGGUCAGGACUUCAUAUGUAGUUGUGGGAGUUUACCUAAUGUGCCUUUGGUGGGAGUUCAGGGUUGCAUUAAUUACAACCCGAUGCUUCUCCGGAGACAGAUGGGGUUUGCUAUAGAGGGUCCUCCUCUCGGGCGAGAGAUUCAGGAGUCCUUCUAUUUCCCGAUUGAUGGUAACCAGACCAAGUUGAGGCAGGUAUUGGACGAAUGGCGAGAUAUCCAGAGGAGGGGUAAGGUUCCUUAUGGCAAAGUCAACUGCCGGUAUUUUCCACUAUUUGAGGAUUGGUUGCGGAAGAGGAUUGAGUCUACAUUUCUACCGUUCCCUGGAGGUGACUCAGUGUGUCCUAGGAUUGAGGGUCCAAGUUCUUCUGUCAGCAUGGAUGAGUUCUUAGAGGUGAAGCGGGAACGAGAUCAGCUACUUGCAGAGAAGACGGAAUUGGAGAUGAGUGUCGCUCGGGUUCAGAGAGCUAAUCAGGAGCUCAAAGCAAAGAUGGAAGAUCAGGAUAAGCGGCAUGCUUUGGAGACCAAGCGAUUUGAGAUGGAUACAGCCUACUAUGGGAAGGUUAGUCAGGCUUUGGCAUCUUCAGCAAAGGAGCAUGAUAUCACUAAGGAGAAGCUGUUCAGAGCAUCAAAGGUGAUAGAAGAUGAGAAGAGGAGGCAAAUCCUAGUCAGGGAUCAGAGGGAUGAGAGAGCCAGAGUCCUCGCUGCAGAGUGGGAGGCGGAGAAAGCAAAGAUCAGGGCCGAGAGAGAUCAUUACAUGGCAGAGAGAGACCACUACUUCAGACAGAUGAAGAUUCAUCAGAAGGAAGUUGGAAGACUACAGCAGGAGAACAUAGAGCUCGGGUUCGCCGCAGAGUUCGCGAGGAUGGAGGGCGAGAUAGGGCCAUCUGCGGGACCCUCAUCCAGUUAG